ACCGUGUUAAUAUUGUUAGAAUACUUAAAAAGUCGGAUGUAUCGGUGCUAAUUUCUUUGUUCAUUAUUGCGCUAUUACUAAAUUUCUUUUUAAUUUUGUUUUCGGACGAAACAUAUUACAUCGGAUCAUUUUAACUAGUAAUGGAACCGAACUUCAGAGAACAGCCCAAGGGUUUCGCUACCAAAGCUAUUCACGCAGGUCAAGACCCCUCGCAAUGGAGUAGUAAAUGUAUUGUCACUCCUAUCAGUUUAAGUACGACAUUUAAGCAACGUAGUCCUGGAGAACACGAGGGGUAUGAAUACUCUCGAAGUGGAAAUCCAACACGUAACGUGUUAGAAAAAUGUUUAGCAUCUUUAGAUGGGGCUAGGUAUGGUCUAACCUUUUCAUCUGGACUUGGGGCAGAAAUGGCCGUAUUCUCUAUGCUGUCAAACGGCGACCACGUAGUUGUGGCGGAUGAUGUCUAUGGAGGAACAGGACGUUUGCUGAGGCAGGUUAUAAGUAGACUCGGGAUUCAAUCCAAUUUCGUAGAUCCAACUGAUCUGUUGGCCUUUGAAUCAGCUUUCCAAUCAAACACUAAGCUCGUAUGGAUAGAGACACCGACAAAUCCGUUGAUAAAAGUUGCUGAUAUUGAAGCAAUUAGCAAACUAUGCCGAAAGAGGAAUGUCGUCCUCGCAGUAGACAAUACUUUCCUAACCUCGUAUUUUCAACGGCCUUUAGAACUCGGUGCAGAUUUGGUGUGCUAUUCUUUAACCAAAUAUAUGAACGGUCACUCUGAUGUAGUAAUGGGUGGCAUAACUACUAAUAGCGAUGACUUAUUCGGCCAGUUGAAAUUUUUGCAAAACGCAACGGGAAUCGUUCCCUCUCCCUUUGAUUGCUAUCAGGUAAAUCGUGGUUUAAAAACGCUCCCUCUGCGCAUGGAACAACAUCAAAAAAGCUCAAUUGCUGUAGCGAAGUUUUUAGAAGCGCAUCCUUUUGUUGAAAAAGUUUUACAUCCGGCGUUGGCCUCUCAUCCGCAGCAUCAACUCACUCUUAAGCAAACAUACGGAUACAGUGGAGUGUUCUCAUUUUAUAUCAAAGGUGGCUUAAGGCAUUCGAAAGCUUUUCUUCAAAAUUUAAAAAUCUUUGCAUUAGCCGAAAGCUUAGGUGGUUAUGAAAGCUUGGCGGAACUUCCAUUAAUUAUGACUCAUGCGUCAGUACCAGAGGAAGAACGAGAGAAACUCGGUAUAAAUGAUUCCCUUAUACGGCUUUCUGUUGGAUUAGAAGAUGUUGAGGAUUUAAUUCAAGAUUUAGAAUGUUCUUUGCUUAAAGUUAUGUCCUUGUAAAUUACCAAUUAACUUGUAAUUAAUAAACGUCCACAUUUGGGUUAUAGACAUCAAA